UUUGGUUGAUGUUAUUGUAUCAUACUUUCUAUUAUUCAUGUCUAUACUUUCAGGUGUUUGGAAUCGUGUAUGUGUUGUUUUAAACAAUAUACAACUCGUUUUUUCUUUAUCAAGUAUCAGUCUAUUUUCAUCAAAGCACUCAUUGGCUGCUGUUAAAACUAAUUCUGCGGAUUCAAUUAAACCGUGUUGAAGUGGAUCAUAUAGUUGGAAAUUCGCAUCAUUUGCGUACAUGGCAAGAGAACUAUUUUCAACUGUUGCUGCAAUAUCAGCAAGAUCAUUUACGUAAAUUAUGAAUUAGAUUGGUCUAGUGAUGCUUCCUUGAGGGAUGCCCAUUUUAAUAGAUUUCAUGUUAGAUCUUAUUUCCAGAUUAUUUUUCAUUAAUGAAACUUUUUGUUGUCUAUUUGAAAGGUAGGACUCAAACCACAAUAAAGCAUUUCCUCUCACUCCAUAUUGUUCUAAUUCAUUUAGCAUUAUUGUAUGAUCUAGUGUAUCAUAUGCUUUUGACAAAUCCAUAUAUACAAUAACAUUAUCCUGAAACACGCCUGAUCAGUAAAAGAUAUGAAGCUCUUGGUGAAUUGAAGUAGCUUCUUGCUUGGAAUGAGGAAACGAUUCCUUAUGCAGCGGCUUCCUCUAUAUGAAUCGAAUGUUGUUCUCUUAUUGAACAAUAAAUCAUAAAAAUGUCACAACUACCUAUUGCAUUAAUAUGAACUCUUCUAUUGUAAAAACUUCACAAACGAUAAGAUUUUCACAAAAUUCUCAAACACACGACAAGUUUCGCUAACACAGUAGCUUCGUCAGGUGAUAUACUGAUACAAUGAACUAAACUAACGUUGGCUUGCUUAACUUUUAUAUAGCUCACUCUCUCCCAACCUGAAGGAUCAGUUACCUGUCUACCUAUAAACGUGUGUUUGAGAAUUUUGUGGAAAUCUUAUCGUUUGUGAAGUUUUUACAUUUUUCAUGGAUUUCCAUCAAGUAACGGCUGGGUCAAUUCAAGAAAUAUGAACUCUUCGUAUCAUAUUUUCAAACUAUUCUAUCAUCUUCAGUCUAAUUAUCUCUGAACGGGAUCUUCAACAUGCAUAAAUUUGGUUUUAAUUUUUUCCUCCAAAUCGAAGGUUGAUAGGGAAGAAUUCACAUUGAAAGAAUUGUAUAAUGAGUUUUUUGUUACGAUCUGAAAAAAAUCGAACAUUCGAAUAAAUUGAUGUGCUCACCCUAAGAGCACGUCUCUGGUUAUACUGUAUCAACUCUGAUUGGGCGAAAGAUUUCCUCAGUGUGAUCAAAAAAAAAGUGAAUUUAUUCGCUUUCGGUUUCAGCAAUGUUCAGCAAAAGUAUCGUUUUUUCAAUGACCUGAACCGUUCUCCGAUGAAUAUUCAGGAUCAUUUUUCAUUCCACCUCGAAAAAUCUGACUUGCGAGAAUAUUGACUCCUUGGUGUUGAAAAAUCGAAUGAUGCGAGUUUUUAACAUGAUUGAACCAACGUCACUGAUUACUUUUUUGUUACCGAUGAGAAAUUUCAUGUGCUGCCGAUAAGUAUACUGAAAAUCAGUUGAAUGCCUUCGAAGGCCAGUGAGAUACUAGUUGGCCUCUAACUUGUUAUAAUAAAAUCAAAUUUGUUUGGAUGAUGAACUGUCUGUCUUCUUAUGAUAAUUUCAGUAUGCUCUCAAGCACUGAUAUGAUUCGAUAAUAUUUCUCGAUAUGCAGUAGAAGAAUACGUCGUGGAAACGAAAUGGAGAGAAUUAAAUUCUUCGUCCAUAUUUCGAAUGUAUUUCUUUGUAUCAUUGUUUUUGAUAAUACUUAUUCACUCAAGGUUCCAAAUGCGAGUAUCGAAACGAAUAACAGAGAGUCUGAAGGAUUUAGAUGUACUCUCCCACCAUAUCCGGAUAAUGGAAAAUGGACCGUUUUGAAUGCAUUAGGAAAACCAGGAGAUGAGAUAAAAGGAGGCGUACCCAUCAAGUUCGAAUGCAAUCAAGAAUAUCAGCUGACCCCUAACCUACCAUAUCAAGUAUGCGAUGAGAAUCAUUGGAGUCCUCAAUUGAUGCCAAAAUGUUCAAAACUAUGUCCUCCAAUAUACUCAACACCUAUCUUGAGUGUAGUAUGUCAAGAUGUAACUGGAAAUAAAAUCAGUUGCACCGAGCCAACUGAUGGAACAUAUCUCACAUAUCAGUGUAUUCAGUAUUAUGAGACUUUAGGUAGGCAACAAAGUCUAUAUUGCAGCCAUGGAACAUGGGACUCACAACCUAUUUGUCAACCAGUUUGUGGAAAAAAAAUCGACACCAACUUAACUCCACUGAUAUUCAAUGGUGUAGACACCACCGAACUGGAAUAUCCUUGGAUUGUAGCUAUAUUCAUUAAAAAUAAUGGACAAUUCAUCAAUAACUGUGGGGGUACGCUGAUAUCUACCCGGAUGGUUCUCACUGCUGCACAUUGCGUUACCAACAGCUAUGCACAAGCCUUCAAUGAGAGUGAAAUUCAGGUUGCUGCUGGAAAAUAUUACAAUAAGUAUGGUGAUGCUAGAGAUAAACAUGUACAAUAUCUAGAGAUUUCUGGAAUAAUAGUACACGAAGAGUUCAGGGGAACUACUCGGCAUUAUCAGUAUGACAUCGCUCUGAUCAUCACCAGAAGCUUAUUCAAGCUUGGACCAGCUGUUCAACCAGUUUGUAUAGAUAAUAUAAAUGGUAUUCACCUACAUGCAGGAAAUAGUGGGGAAAUCGCGGCUUGGGGUAUCACCGAAAAUAACACAGUUGCUGACCACCUGAGAACCCUGAUAAUUCCAUAUAAAGAUCAAACAACUUGCGCAAAUGAGCUACCAUAUGACUGGGCUGAUCGAUACAAUUUCGAUGAUAAGAUUUGUGGUGGUUUCUUGGGAAAAAACAAAAGCGUAUGUAGGGGAGACAGUGGCAGUGGUCUAGUAUUCCGAAAUCCAGAUGACAACAGAUACUACGUCCAUGGUUUAGUGAGCAUUGCACCAGCAGUCCAAUAUGCAUCAUGUAAUAGUCAGAAUAAUGCAUUAUUCACGAAAGUUUCCAAAUAUUACCAAUGGUUGGACAAGAAACGGAAGAUGAGCUAUGUUGAGGAAUGUACUCUUCCCUCAUAUCCUAAUAAUGGUAUAUGGAGACUGGAGAACGACAGUGGAAUGGGACCUGGAGACAUUUCAACUUCUGAUACUAUACUUGAGUUCUCUUGUAACAAAGGUUACAAAUUGUCUUCAAAGAAUCCUAAGUAUUACUGUUCAUCUAUGUUGCAGCUUCCUGUUUGUCAUUCAUUAUGCCCGAUUCCAAAUUUUCCUCCAGGAACGAUAGUUUCUUGCCAAGACGAUAAAAAUACAGUCAUCGAUUGUGCUGACACUGUUUCUGGUUCAAGCAUUAUUUAUAGUUGUCCUGGUGGUUAUAAAACUAAAAGCGGUAUAUCAUCUGGUAAAAACUACUGCAACGGAGGAUCCUGGGAAAAUCAUAAUCUAGGAUGUUAUCCAAGGACAGAAUCAGAAUCAACUCCAACCCCGAAAGAGAUCAAUUCGAAAUCAUCUACAGCAAAUGCAAUGAAAGAUCCCAUAGUAGUAGAUACAACCGGAGUGAAAGUGAUGUGCACUUAUGCUAGUUGGUGGUCAUAUCAUGGAGUGAAUCCUGAAGACUUUGAACCUAGUCUUUGCACCCAUAUCACUUAUGAUUAUGUAGGGAUCAAUGGAACAGGGGAUCUAAGAGUGCAAGAUGAAACACUUGAUCUAGGUGAAUUCAAUGAAGGUGGUCUUUAUCGAAGAAUAACAAACCUCAAAGUGAAAAACAAGAGACUGAAGGUACUUUUGAGUGUUGGGGGCAGCAAGUCCAGUAAUGCCAGUUUGUUCUCGAAUAUUGCGGCUGACGCAGCUAAAACGGCAGCAUUCAUCAACAGCGCAAGCCAUUUCAUCAGGACCUACAAGUUUGAUGGACUCGACAUCGAUUGGUACUAUCCGAAAUUAUCCGACAAAAUAAACUACAUUACGUUCCUCAGAAAGAUCAGAAAUGAGUUCGACAAACAAGGUUGGUUGCUUAGUGCCUCUGUACGCUCGGAUCCUGAGGAUACUGGGUACGAUGCGAUAAAGAUGAAUAAGAUCCUGGACUGGAUCACCAUCAACACAUUCGACAUGUAUGGAUCAUGGAGUUCAUACACCGGCAACCACAAUGCUUUGUAUCCUUCUUCUGUCGAAUAUGAGUGGGAAAAAAACCACCUGAGCGUUCAUUCGGCAGCCAAUAACUGGUUGAAUGCUGGUCUCACCAGAAAUAAGAUGGUUUUGAGUGUAGCAUUCUAUGGGAUAUCAUUUACACUGAAGAAUAGUUCUCAGCAUACCAUUCAUUCACCAAUCUCUGGGAUAGGUCCUGGAGAUGACAAUGGGUUUCUACGGUAUUCUGAAAUUUGCAUCAAUUAUAAGGACUAUAAUGAAGUCUGGGAUGAUGAGCAAAAAGUAUCAUAUAAAUACAAAGAUGAUAAAUGGUUUGGAUACAACUCCAAAGAUGCCGUUUGGAUCAAGGGAGAAUAUGUUCGUACAAGAGGCUAUUUCGGAGUCAAUGUUUGGCCUGUGGAUGGAGACGACGUUCAUGGUAAAUGUGGAACAAAACAGGUGUUGCUCAAACAUCUCCAUGAAGGAAUAGGAAAUAGAGUGAAUUGGAAUAUUAAAUGAUCCUGAAAAUGCAGACAAUUGAAGUUCAUUCUAUUAUAAUGCUUUCUGCUGAUGUGUGCCAUGAAUGUUAUCAUAACAGAAAUGAAAGAUUUCAAAUUUUUCAUUACAUUCUGAGUUCGUCAGGCGAUGAUUAUAGUUGUGAAAAAUAAUUCAAUCAUGAAAUACAUGCUGGAAUACCAUAGCAUAUUGAAUCCUUUUAUCGAGAUCAUUCAACUCAAUAAUUGAAUAUGUCGAAGAGCAAGACAGGAAAAGAAAUUGAUGACAAUUUCAAAAUAGUUUAGCACAAUUCAGUGGAUAGAGAAAUUUCGAACUUCAACCUUCCGAGUGUGUGACAAUCGGCAGUUCAAUCUUUCAAUUGAAAAGCUUCAGAUUCUGCAACAUAUUUCGAGGGCCUGAUGCUGGGGUCUAUUCAAGGACAAUCGGGAGUUGAUGAGCCUCCUCGACUCACUCAAUCGUGAAUAUUUUGUACAUAUCUGAACCUUCUAUUGAAAUUUUGGAUCAAUGAUUGAUUGGUUAAUACUUGAAAGCAGUUCUAGUGCUCCAUUGAGAUAUGAUAAUACGAGUUUCGUGGAAACUUUCUUCUAUAUCUGAACAGAUGAAAGAUACGCAGUUGUUGUUGAAAUACUUCAACAAUUUUACUGAAAGAAAUACCAGAGGGUGAAAAAUACAGAAAAUGUAAAAAACCUUUGUUUAGCGUAUACGAG